CUUUUGAUUUGUUUGGACGACUAUACAGUGGAUAGGAGAGGCGAUGUGGGAAGAGUUCUGCGUGAAGAAACAAUGCGCACACUUGGCAUAGUGAUACCUUUACUACGAUGCUACUAUGGACGCAAUGAUCAGCGCAGUUGGCUGGCAAUUGAUAAAAUAUGUGCUGCGUUGGUGAUGAAAGAUUUGCUGCUUUUGGGUCUGAAAGGAGUCCCGGAUGAAGAAGUUUUGCGAGAAACGUACUUGGAUAAUGGCUCAAGCGUAUAUUGGCGGCAGUCCUCUUGUUUCCAGCGGCUGGCUUUACUGCUUCGAAGUUCCCAUUACCAGCUGCCCGCUCUUAGUGGAUUUGUCAUAUCGGCUGGUGGAAUUACGGAAUCAACAAUGCGAGCCGCGUCGGAUGCACUGCUUUCGGUGAUUGCUGAAGUCGCGGACUCACCGCAGGUUGCCCUUCAGUUAUCUUUUAAAUUGAUGUUGAAGUUAGAAUCCAAAUGA